CGACGGGCUGUCCGGUAGUAUAAAGCGUCCUCUGAGCUGCGCCCACUCUGCAAACGUGACCUAGAGAAGGUCAAGCCUCGCCGACUGAGAAGCAAUGACCUAUCGGGACACGCUUUCCGACGGGCACUCCAGGGGCAGGGCACUGGUGCCUGGCGGCUCCUCUAGUGGCUCGCGCCCCCGCGGCUUCGCCAUCACCGACCUUCUGGGCCUGGAGGCUGAGGUGCCAGCACCUGCCGGCCCCGGGCCAGGAUCUGGUUGUGAGGUCUCCCCGGCGGCACCCUACACGGGUCCGGAUCUCGGGGGCUCCUGCCUGGCGCGCGGGGCCCUCCCACUGGGGCUCGGCCUUCUCUGCGGCUUCGGCGCGCAGCCUCCUGUGGCCGCUGGGGCACCCUGCCUGCUCCUAGCCGACGUUCCGUUCCUGCCACCCGGAGCACCUGAACCCGCUGCCCAGCAAGCCCCAGGUCGUCCGCCGCCCCGACUCAGCAGCCGGAAGAGCAGCGAGAGCGUCUCCACGUCCG